AGUGCAACAACCGUGCUGCCCAAUUCAAAGUACGCCAUAAAUAUGGCGCCAAAAGAGUUUUCAAGCAGAGGUUCCCCUGCUCCAUUCCUCCUCAACAUUUGUUGAGUCUCUCUCUUUUUUUUAAGGAGGAGCGUGCAGGUCUGCCGGACGGAGGGGGACGUUUGUCUUGUGCACAGCCGCGUCCAGCACCGUGCGGCCCGGCCAGAGAGGGACGAGGAGGAGGUGGUAGCCCGGUAGUGUGUUUUGGAAGAAGAAGAAGAGAGGUGGAGGAUUGCGAAACAAACUGGAUUGCAAUCUUUUGGAGGACAUCCAUUUCCCCCCCAAUCCAUUUUGGGACGCUGGUGUGUUUUCGUGCAAAAAAAAAAAAUAAAAAAAAUAAAAAAUGCGACAUGCUUUUUUCCAGUGAGCGGCAUGUCGCGCGCCGCAAGCCGCUCGGCGCGCACUGAAAGACGGCUUCGGCGACGGCGACACCCCGGCCCCUCGGCUCCGUAACCCGAAGCUCCUCCAUCGCACUUUUUUUCCCCCUCAUUUUUUUUGGGGGUGGAUUUUCUUUGGAAUUCUUGUUGUUGUGUGCUUUUUUUUUAAGCUGUCAAGGUGGGUGGGAGGGGGAAGGGUCCUGUCAACCCAACGUGGAAGUUAACCCAGAGGAACAACAUUUACAUGUGCUUGGAUCCCGAUGGUCUCCUAAUCGGUGGGACCCCCUCCCCAGCAGAACAAGAUGGAGAGCGAGACAAAGAGGAGGAAAUACUCCACCAGCAGCAACGACUCGGACACCACCGACAGUCAGGUGACAUCGUGGUCCAGGUCAUCCAAGAACGCGGGAACCAGCAUCACGUGGGUACGACAUCAGCACAAGAAGCAUUCAGAGGUGUUUCGCACCGAUUUCAUCACGGCCAUGAAGCUUCCCGACUCGGCGCAGCUGGGCCUGGAUGACUUUUACGUGCUGUCGGACCCUUGGAGGCAAGAGUGGGAGAAAGGAGUCCAGGUGCCGGCCAACCUGGAGACCAUCCCGCAGCCUGUGGUCAGGUUACUGCCAGAGUCAAAAGGCAGAACUUCCAGCGAGACGGACUCCCGACCUCUCCCUGGCCAAGUCUACAGCUGCUACGACCUGGACGACACGGACGUGGCCUGGCUGGAACUCGUCAACCUAGAGUUUGUGCAGAUGGCGCUGCCUGAGCUGGAUGAGCUGACCAUGGAGUUUGUCCUGGUGGAGCUGGAGCGUGUGUGCGAGGAGAAGAUGCAGCAGGCCAUCGAGGCAGAAGAAGGCCUGGGCAUUGAGUACGAUGAAGAUGUGGUCUGCGACGUCUGCCGCUCGCCAGAAGGCGAGGACGGCAACGAGAUGGUCUUCUGCGACAAGUGCAACGUCUGCGUGCACCAGGCCUGCUACGGCAUCGUGAAGGUUCCGCAGGGCAACUGGCUUUGUCGUACGUGUGCCCUGGGCGUGCAGCCCAAAUGUCUGCUGUGCCCUAAGCGGGGCGGUGCCCUCAAGCCCACCCGCAGUGGAACCAAGUGGGUCCACGUCAGCUGUGCCUUAUGGAUCCCCGAGGUCAGCAUAGGCUGUCCGGAGAAGAUGGAGCCCAUCACCAAGGUGUCCCACAUCCCGGCCAGCCGAUGGGCUUUAUCCUGCAGCCUGUGUCGAGAGCACACAGGAACAUGCAUACAGUGUUCGAUGCCCUCGUGUAUUGUGGCCUUCCACGUGACGUGCGCCUUCGACCACGGUCUGGAGAUGAGGACCAUCCUGGCCGAGAACGACGAGGUCCGCUUCAAGUCAUUCUGCCUGGAGCACAGCGGCGGCGGAGCGGCCCGACCCGAGUGGACGCCCGAUCUCCCGGAGCCCAGAUCGGUAUCGUACUCUGUUUCCGAGAGGGCCGAGCGGGACCAGCUAGAACGAGACAAGGUGAGCCAGAGGAAGCAGAAACUCCAGGAGCUGGAAGACGAGUUCUACCGACUGGUGGACCCCAGCGAGGUGGCGGAGAACAUGGCGCUGCCCAUCACACAGGUGGACUUCUUGUACCAGUUCUGGAAACUGAAGAGGAAGGCCAACUUCAACCAGCCUCUGGUGACUCUAAAGCGGGACGAGGUAGACAACCUGGCCCAGCAGGAGCAGGACGUGCUCUACCGACGCCUCAAGCUUUUCACGCACCUCCGGCAAGACUUGGAGAGGGUGCGUAACCUGUGCUACAUGGUGACGCGGCGGGAGAAGAUGAAGCACAGCCUGUGUGACCUCCAGGAGAAGAUCUUCCACUUACAAAUACAGCUGCUGGAAGAGGACAUGGCCGGAGUAUAUGUAUAUGUGUCUCCCGCAGAGAGAGUCCAGAAAGGUGGAGGAGGAGGAGGAAAAAGGAAGCAGAGUGCAGGAAAGGAGAGCAAGAGAAAGGAGAGAUGGAAGUCAGACAGUGACCCUCUGCUUAAAGAGCUAGGUUUGUCCAAGUCCUUCCCGUUGGAUAACUCGUUGUUCGACAGCUGGCUGGCUGAGUCAGUGCAGAUCACGGCCGACGACAUGCUGAGCAAGUGGGCUCUGGGUUCACAGCACCAGGACAAGAGCGCCAGCCUGCUCUCCGACCAGCUCCUGCAGGGCGAGGAGAGCCUGCUCAAUCUGAUGAUGGAAAACUCCAUGGAGUCCACGUGGAAGACACCCCAGCUAGGCCGCAAAUCCCGGGGCAGCUGCAAGCCCCGCGCCCGUGGACACCCGCACGCCUCUGGCACCAUGCCACCGCCGCAGACGCUUCUGUCUGCCGGCUCGGGGUCCGGUGCCUCUACCGUCAAGAGCCCAUGGGUGGGUGGCGGGGCAGAGGAAAAGCAUGCUGCCCGCAAGGGGUCAAGAGGUUCCUCCAGGUUCCUCCACCACCAACACCCUCACCACACCAGGAGUUCAGACCUGCAGCCGCCCAUCUCCAAAAUGGAUUCCUGCCACAUCUCUGAGGACGGCGAGCCGUGGGGCAGCAACGGUGUCAUGUCAGGGCGGACGCCCGGCGCUCCGUCCCCGCGGCUACGCAUGUCCCGCCAAGUAAAAUCCCGAGGGCGAGGCGGCGGUGGGACGGUGUCCGAGGUAAAGGAACAGCGUUUGCUCCACGCCGACGGCUACUUUUCUGACGGCGAGCAGAGCGACUUGGACAGGCGCCCUGGCGGAGCACGCAAACUCCGCCUGGCGCAGUUGCAUUCUGGGAACGAGGACCUGCUGAGGCGCAGCGUCAUGGCAUCCUAAGGAACCUGAACGACCCGCGCACACGUGAGCGCUCUCGCUCCACCUGUGCCCUGAGCAUUCUUUGAAUGUAGCUACUAGCCUCCUUGCGUCUCACCGCGGAAAUAGGAAACAGGCGUCCGUUUUUUUAUCCAAUUUCUGUGCGUUAAAAGACUUAGUCAUCGUAGUCUUUGGGGCAUUCUUCUAAAUAUCUUUACCGAGGUUGGUUUCAGGGUCUUUGAAUAGCAGGUGGCGUCUGAAAGCACAACUAGCAAGCAAGUAGCGUUAUUAGCACUGGCUGGUUUACAAAAAAAUAAAAAAUAAAUAAAAAGAUGCUUUGUCACUUCCGCAUAGAACAGCAGUUGCAGUUAAAAACAAAGAACGAACGAAAAGAUUCUUCCUCAUUCGAAAUUCCAUUUGUUUGCCUGGAAUAAACUGUGCCUUCUGUCGCACCCCCCCAAGCCAAACAAUCACCAACCAAUCAGCCGUCGCCCAAUCUGACUUAUAACAAUCAAUGCGAAUGUGUCACCUUAAUCAUUUUUAGAGUGCCUGAACGAAGGAUGUACGGACAAAGAUUUGUGUUUUUUCACGUCUACCAUCAAAGAGAUGUUUUCAACAUUAAGCAGUGCCAGUCAGCAGCCUUUAGAGGGCAGCAUUUAGCAUAUCCGAUUUCCCGUUCCAUUACUUUAGCCAGCAGAUGACGUGGCUAGGCUAAUACGGCUAAACUCCCAUGUACCAUCGAAGAAGUUUGUCCAACAAUUUGUGCGUUCAAAAAAAGACUUUGCUGUUUUUGGACCGAAGGCCGUCUGUAAUUAUCUCAGGGGUUUUAAGAAAAAUCAUUUUAAAAAAAAUGUCUCGAUAAAAUGACCUACGUUUGUUUUUGUUUUUUGCAUAGAAAUUAAGGUUAAGCUAGCAAACGCUAUAUAAAUAGAUAAAUAAAUAAAUAUACAUAUAUAAAGAAAACAACGUGUGUAUGUCGAGAAACUUCCACGUUUGGACAACUACUGAGCACUCGGUGUGGUCAGAUGACCACCACGCCGGUACCCAUCAGCUGCGCGGCCCAGUUUACACUUCCUGUUUUUUUUUUGG